CACACUCACUCGGACCAACAUAAAUGAAAUACAAAAAUGACGACUCUUCUAGCAUAAGUUAUUUCACACAGCAAGAGAGAAAUUCCAUAUCAAUGUCUAAGGAAGGAGCACGUAACAGCAUCGAUUGACAAUUUUGUUUUCUAUAUGUAUAUAUAUAUAUAUAGACAUCAUAUAGCCACUUUUCUAUUUUCUUAGUUCACCAAGAUGGCUCUUCCUCUCAAGACCGUCGUCGCUUCACUGUGUUUUCUGGUUCUUCUCUGCAACUUCUCCAUAAACGCUUCUUCACCGACACCCACAUCUCAAAACCCCAAGAAAUCCGCCUCGCCGGAAUCGGGAAAAGCAGACCAGAAAGAGCUGAGAGUGGUGAAGGGGCUGGAUCUGAAGAGAUACAUGGGGCGGUGGUACGAGAUAGCUUCCUUUCCGCAGCCGUUUAUGCCGCCGAACGCCACCAACACGCGGGCGACCUACAGCUUGAGGGCCGACGGCACCGUGAAUGUGCUGAAUGAGGCUUUUGUCAACGGCAAAAGGAUCGCCAUUGAAGGGGUGGCUUACAGGGCCCACCCGUCCAGCGAUGAGGCCAAGUUCAAGCUCCGUUUCCCCAAUGUUCCAGUGAUCGGCAACUACUGGGUCCUGUACAUUGAUCGGCGUUAUCAGUAUGCUUUGGUCGGCGAGCCUACCAGGAUGUCUCUGUUUAUAUUAUCCCGAAAGAACCAUAUUGAUGAGAAGAAGUACAAGAAGCUCGUGAAGAUGGCCAAAGAUGAGGGAUAUGAUGUGACCAAGCUUCAGAAGACAAAACAAACAAAUCCUCCUCCAAAGCUACAAUGAGCAAACGGACGCUGAAACCAUAUAUAUUUCAAGAAAUAAAGGGAUUCAAAACUUGCAUUGCCAAGAUUUUGGAUGGAUUAGGGAUGGUUUCUCCUAUUUGCUUGUUACCAGUGCUUCUUUUAGAGAAGCCUGUGAACUUGGGAUUGUUGUCUUUUUUUUUUUUUUCAAGAAUAUAAUUACAUUUGUAUGGUAAGGUCCAUUGUGUAACAGAUAUUAUUAUAUAAAUAAAAGUUUCAUAAACAAUUUUUAUACAUAAUAA